CGUUCUCACCACCACAACGUCGUCAUAGCGAUCUCUAUUCAUCCGGUCAGGGCCACGAUUGCUACGAAGUACGCAACAUCAGGCACUCUCACACCUUCGGCACCUCGCUCUCGAUCCUCACGUCGCACGCAGCGCAGCACACCCUGCGAUUGAUAAGACGUCUGAGAGGCUCUUCCUCCACUGAGCCUGGCCAGCUCUUCGUCCUUCCUUCCUCCCUUUCCUUCCCUAUCUUAUUACCUCCCACUGUGCCACUGCGAUGUCCAGCAAAGUUCACCCCCCACCGACGUCAGGGCAGCCUUCAAUGCCCCGCGGCGCUACAUCAUCGUCGUCACGAUCCGGCCAUGGUAGGCAGCCUGUGCGGAUCGGCCAGUACACGCUGCAGCGGACGUUGGGCACUGGAAGCUUUGGCAAGGUCAAGCUCGCAACCCACUCCCUGACAGGACAUCGCGUUGCAAUGAAGAUCAUCAACCGUCGCAAGAUCUCAUCGAUGGACAUGGGCGCGCGCGUCAAGCGUGAGAUCCAAUAUCUAAAGCUGCUCCGCCAUCCUCAUAUCAUCAAGCUGUACGAAGUCAUUACUACGCCUGGCGACAUCAUCAUGGUCAUCGAGUACGCGCCGAAGGAGCUAUUUCAGUACAUCGUCGACAGGGGAAAGAUGCCAGAGGCGGAGGCUAGGCGCUUCUUCCAGCAGAUCAUCUGCGCCAUCGAGUAUUGCCAUCGAAGGAAGAUUGUGCAUCGAGACUUGAAGCCAGAGAACCUGCUCCUCGACGACCAGAACAACGUCAAGAUUGGCGACUUUGGUCUCUCCAACAUCAUGACUGAUGGUGACUUCCUCAAGACCUCAUGUGGCUCACCCAACUAUGCAGCUCCUGAAGUCAUCAGCGGCAAGCUAUACGCCGGCCCAGAGAUCGACAUCUGGUCAUGCGGAGUCAUCCUCUACGUCAUGCUCUGCGGUCGCCUUCCCUUUGACGACGAGUACAUUCCAACACUCUUCAAGAAGAUCAACAGCGGUAUAUACUCGCUCCCUUCGUACCUCUCAGCUGAGGCCUCCUCGCUGCUGAGCUCGAUGCUCAUCGUCGACCCGGUGAAACGUAUCACGAUCAACGAGAUCAGGCAGCUCCCAUGGUUCCAGCAGGACCUGCCGCGCUACUUGCAGCCACUGCCUUCUACGCCGACGGGGCUCAUGGAGGGAGAAUCGAGCCAGGAAUUUGACUUUGGCGGUGGCGUGCAGCCGCAGGCCCCUACAGAUGGCGAAGGGCAAAGCGCACACAGUGUCGACGAUCGAGCGUCCCCGAGCGGACCGCGCACCAUCUUCUCCCCCGACCUAGGCUACCUACAGCGCUCGAUUGUCGAGGAGCUUCAAUCCAAGAUGGUGACCUUUACCGCCGAAGAGAUCCUCGAUCUCCUUCAGCAGCCGGGCGAUAACCAGCUCAAGGUUGCCUACCAGCUCGUGAGGGAUCAUCGACGGAUGGUACGGACAUCGGAGCAAGAAGGGGACUCGGAUGAUCGACUGCGGGAAGAAGGGAUGCGCGCAUGGCUCGACUCGGGAAGCCCGCCUGCUUGGAAUGAGGGGUUGGAGGAGAGAAGGGCAAAGGCCGCAGCUGCUGGAGCGGGAGCUGCACCUUCGACUAGCCACGACCCCUCAUCCGCGUCCGCCUCUGGCAGUAUGUCUAGCUCUGCCGCUUCCUCGCAGCCUCCAACGAGGCAAACAAGCAUCAGACGACCCAUCCGCAGGCGAACGCGGGAUCCGUCCAUUCAGCGGCCCCUCGGCGCAUCGCACGAGGCGGACGAGACCACUUCGCAAGCAACGGACGACGGCAACGAGACGUUUGCGUCGGACACAUACGACUCUGAAGUGGCAGAGGCGGACGCGGAUGCGAAUGACGGGCUGGACUCUGGGUUGAGCGAUGCAGAGGAUGGUGGGGGCGGACUGGCAGAGGAUGAUUUGCUCUUCGAUGAUGAGGAUCUGGACCAGCCGCCCGAGGUGGCUGUACCUAGCGGCAUCUCGAUAUUGGAGACUAGCCUGCCAGCGAAGCGACCGUGGGCCGCCAAAACGCAAAGCGGUGAUGCAGCUGCAGGAGGGCAAGCAUCAGCUCCACCCCCGGCUGCGGCUGCUGCUACGCGGCGCUCGAGACCUCGAUGGCACUUUGGGAUUCGUUCACGCUCUCCACCGAUGGAGAUCAUCAUGGAACUCUACCGCACCCUUGAGGCCCUGGGCAUGGAGUGGCGAGUCAAGAAGGCGCCGCGUACCGCCCGGCAAGGCGAAGACGUCUCUCAACAAGGCCAGCAGCAACCCAACACAGAUACCCAAGCUGCCGCAGGCGAGUCAUCCUCCAAGGAGACUGGCAGCGACAAUGCCCUUCCCGGCGCAAGUACUGAGCUUUUCUUUAUUGAGACCCGCUGGCGAGUCGAAAACGUCAUAGUCCGCAUGGACCUACAGCUCUACUCGGUUGACUCGAACAACUACCUCGUCGACUUCCGCAACGUGGCUUACGUGCGGCUGGAUCCUACCCCGCCGCGAACUCAGGAGUCGAGCAACGAGGAUCUUGCUGAGCUGCGUGACGCGGCUGCUACGGAAGGUGUGGAGCGUGCACUUGAUUCGGCGGCGCAAGAAGCUCGCUCCAUGGGGGGCGAUGAGCAGCAGCAUCGCGCGAAUAUGCGACGUCGCCUUCUAGGCAAGACGUCCGCCAGCAAGCCUAGCUUGGCUCCUGCGGUACCCGAGGGAAGAAAGGAAGUGUGCAGUCCCUUUUUGUUCUUGGAGUGCGCGACGAGAUUGAUUGUUGAGUUGGCCGGGGGAGGAUAGCGAGGAGCCACACAUCACCAUAGACGUUGGAACUGGCGCUGCGGCAGCGCAUUGCGAGCGUUUCGUAUUUGUCCUUCUCUUCACAUCUGUCUAUCGCCGGAUAUAGAAGGUUACGAUGCUCUGACUGCGGCGUUUCUGCUUGAUUUCAUCUCCACUCCUUCUCGGAUUCUACCACCUGGUCGCCCUCGCCCCACAAUCCGCACUUC